AUGCAAAGGGAGGAGAAACAGCUGGAGGUCGCCUUGGACGCGAUCAUCCUCAGAGUGAACGAUCUGAAGUAUUCGAUAGGGUCUAUGGUGGCCAAAAUCGAGAACGAGUACGAGACCAUAAACUGGCCUCAGUUCUUGGACAACUUCGCUCUGAUCUCCGGCCAACUGACCGCUCUGUCCAAGAUGCUGGCUCACGACAAGUCUCCACCCUUGAGGAACCUGACCGUCCUCCCACUGCACCUGACGCCUGAGCGAGACGAGGAGUUGGUGCGCCUUACGGAACACCGGAUUCCGGCCUUUUCCCACGCCAUCGUGCCGGACUACCUGCGCACCAAGCUGGAACCCGAGAUCGAGCACAAGAUACACGUGCUGGAGCAGAAGGCCGUGUCCAUGACUAUGGAGCAGUACCAGAAACAGGUGGCCACCUACACCAAGGUGGUGAGCCACGUGUGGGAGGUGGUCAGCAAGAUGAGGGAGGAGUGGGAGAGUGAGGGGAGUGCGAGGGGGGGAGCGGCUCAGACCUCGUCUGUAGCGGACACGCACAUGCUUGUCGCCGCAGUCGCCAUGGGAAAGGGCCUCAAGCCUCUGGUACCGCAGGGUGUGCAGCCCAACGUCCCCGGGGGGAUGAUGGUGGCUCCUGUAGGACCCCCUGGUGGCCCUAUGAACCCUAACCAACCCGGCAUGGGCCCCAUGGGGAAGGCCCCGAGUAGCAUCAAGACAAAUAUCAAAGCUGCCAAUCAGAUACAUCCGUAUGCCAGAUAAAAUAAUCAUACAUAGGAACAGUAAAACUUUUCAAUUCAAGUAUUGGAUAAAAAUGAUGAUCUUCAAUAUUCUGUUGACUUUUACGUUAUUUUUAACAAAGCUCUCAAUAAUACUUGUUUAGUUAAUAUUACCUGUAAUAUUCUUUUUGUAAAAAAUAUCUUGGUUAAAAUUUUACAUGUUUUCAUCAGGUCUGUUAUUGAAAGUUAUAUCAUUACAAGAGCAACAAAUGUUAAAUUUUUAGAAUUGUGUUUUAGAUACAUCUGUCUGCCUGUUCCUCAAAAGUACUUUGCAGUUUGUAUACAAUAAAAUACAUAAAUAACUA